CCGAAUGGCUUCUGACAGAAAACCCUUGACCACCAAGGCCAGCCCCUUCCUGAAAGCCCCGCUCGCUGCAAUACAGGAAGUCGCCGGGAGCGAGCGCCCAGCGCGCGGCGGCUUCCCCACUCGGCGCGGGGCUGGCGGUGGCGCCCGCCCGGGCCCUUGCCCAGUUCCUGUGCCAGGGCCAGGGGAGCGCCCGGUGCCCGAGCACUCCGGAGCAGCGGCCCGCGGCCGCCGCCGACAUGAUCCGACGUGCGGGAGCGGCCGGGCGCGGGGACCCCGCCGGACCUAUUCCAGAUGUGAGCCAAGGAGAGGAAGAGGAGGAGGAGGACGGCGUGGGGCUCUGCCUGCCAGCUACCCUGAAGAACUGCCUGCCUCACCGGGGUAUCAGCGUCCUGGAGAAGCUCAUUAAAACGUGCCCCGUGUGGCUGCAGCUGGGGCUGGGCCGGGAAGAGGCGGCCAGGAUUCUGCACCAGGAAGUGGCUGGGAUGUUCCUGGUGCGCCGGGACAGUGGCCUGAAGUCCCUGAUGCUGUGUGUGCGCUUCCCUCCCCUGAACGAGGGUGCGUCCGAGGUGCUGGAAUACACCGUUAAGGAGGAAAAGUCCAUGCUGUACCUGGAAGGCUCGGUCCUCGUGUUUGAGGACAUCUUCAGAUUGAUCUCAUUUUACUGCGUCAGCAGAGACCUCCUGCCCUUCACGCUGCGCCUGCCCCAGGCCGUCCUUGAAGCCAACAGCUACCCGGACCUCGAGACCAUCUCCAACCUGGGCCUGGGCUUCUGGGACUCCUCGCUGAACACCCGGCCGCGAGGUCAUGACAGCCCGGCACAGCCACCCCGAGACCCGGCCCCCGGUGCCCCUCCGGCUGCCAGCUCCAGGUUUCCGGUGCUGUCUGGGAACUGCUCCUGCGAAAUAGAGCUGUCGGUAGGAAGUGACCGCCUGUGGUUUGUGAACCCCCUUUUCAUCGAGGACUACGGGGGAGCCCUACCCUCGGACCAGCCGCCCCCCGGGAGCUGUCCUGCAUGCCCCGCGUCCCCCACCUCUGAUGCUAUCUCACCCACCACCCCGUGGGCUCCACGCCGCCCACCACCACCGCCGCCACCUCCAGCACCUGCCUUGCAGCCCGUGCUCCCUGCUGCUGCUCCUGUGGGUCCUCCGCCGGCUCUCCACCACCCAGCCGCAGCCCCCCUUCUUGCCCCCCAUGCUCCUGGCCCCCCAGACCACCCAAGCCAGCCACCCAUGACAGCCUGCGAGAGGCUCCCACAUCCUGCCUCAAGCCUGGGGGCUCUCAGGGAGGAGGAGGUGCCGCCCGGGGGAGCCCCCAGCCCCUCGCCCCUGGCAGCUGCUCCUCCUCUGCCAGCCAAGAAGGGCCUUCCCGCCGUGCCCCCCAGACGCCGCCUCUCGGAGAGGGCGUCCCUGGAGGACCAGAGUGGGGGAAUGGCAGCGACGCCCCUCAGCUCGCCUCCCCAGGGGACUUUGGGCAGCCCUGGGGACCAGCCUCAGAGGACAGCAGAGCAGGGCCAGGAAGCAGAAACCAAGGCCAACAAUCCGGGCGUGGUGCCAGAGCUGCCAGGAAAGACCAGGCAACCCCCAGUCCCGCCCCCAAGGAAGAAGCGGGUCUCCCGACAGCUGGCCUCUGCCCUACCCAGCCCUUCUGAGAGCGCCAGGCUCCCCACGCCACCGGAGGAGAAGCCCACGCCGGGAGUCCCCAAAGAAGUCCAGAGCCCUGCCCCGCAGCGCCACCAUGCCCAGGCCUGUGCCCGUCCCCACAGUUCCCCAGAGUUCAAGGGCUCGCUGGCCUCCCUGCGGGACAGCUCGGGGGCGUCAGCCUUGGCCGGGGAUCAGGAUUCCUACUCCACCAGCAGCACGGAGGAGGAGCUGGAGCAGCUCAGCCUCCCCAACGUGAAGAAGAAGCCAACGAUGAUUCUGGGCAAGGCGCGCCACCGCCUCAGUUUCGCCAGCUUCACCAGCGUCUUCCAGGCCCUGCUUUCCAACGACCGCAAGCUCUACAAGCGGGUGGUGGAGCUGGCGCAGGACAAGACCUCGUACUUCGGCAGCCUGGUGCAGGACUACAAGGUGUACAGCCUGGAGAUGAUGGCACGCCAGGACUCGAGCACCGAGAUGCUACAGGAGAUCCGCACCAUGAUGACCCAGCUCAAGAGCUACCUGCUGCAGAGCACGGAGCUCAGAGCCCUGGUGGACCCCGCCCUGCACUCAGAGGAGGAGCUCGAGGCGAUUGUGGAGUCAGCCCUGUACAAGUGCGUCCUGAAGCCCUUGAAGGAGGCCAUCGAUUCCAGCCUGUACGAGAUCCACAGCAAGGAUGGCUCCCUGCAGCAGCUCAAGGACAACCAGCUGGUGGUCCUGGCCACCACCACCACCGACCUGGGCAUCACCACCAGCGUGCCCGAGAUGCCCACCAUGGAGAAGAUCCUGCAGAAAUUCACCAGCAUGCACAAGGCCUACUCGCCUGAGAAGAAGAUCUCCAUCCUGCUCAAGACUUGCAAGCUCAUCUACGACUCCAUGGCCCUCAGCAACCCAGGAAAGCCGUACGGGGCGGACGACUUCCUGCCGGUUCUCAUGUACGUGCUGGUGCGGAGCAGCGUCACCGAACUGCUCCUGGACGUGGAGUAUAUGAUGGAGCUCAUGGACCCUGCCCUGCAGCUGGGGGAGGGCUCUUACUAUCUGACCACCACCUAUGGAGCCCUGGAGCACAUCAAGAACUACGACAAGAUCACGGUAACGCGGCAGCUGAGCGUGGAGGUGCAGGACUCCAUCCACCGCUGGGAGCGCCGGCGCACGCUCAACAAGGCCCGGGCCUCGCGCUCCUCCGUGCAGGACUUCAUCUGUGUGUCUUACUUGGAGCCCGAGCACCAGGCACGGACGCUGGCUUCGCGGGCGGACACGCAGGCGCAGGCGCUGUGUGAACAAUGCGCUGAAAAGUUCGAGGUGGCGCAGCCGCAGGAGUACCGGCUCUUCGUGCUUGUGGACGGGCGCUGUUUCCAGCUGGCCGACGAGGCGCUGCCCCACCGCAUCAAGGGCUACCUGCUGCGGAGCGAACCCAAGCGCGACUUUCACUUCGUAUACCGGCCCCUGGAUAGCGGCGGCAGCCCUCCUUGCCUUGUGGUGCGAGAUCCCAACUUCCUGUGAGGCAGGGUGGCCGCGGGGUCUCUGAGGGAGGGAUCCCUGAAGACCUGUAUGUGGAGCAGGCAACCUGGGCACAUUUGCCUGGGCACACUUCCACGUGCAGCCACACGUGCAUAUUACCCAGAGCAUGCCAAGGCCAGUGUGGCAGGAUGCUUGUGAAAACACGACCAAGGAGCAGCCAAGGACGCUUCCCAGGAACAACUCAUAGCCCCAAGACCAAGAAACAGACUCAGGGCCGGAAGUGGAGCUGCAGCAGGCAAGCCCACUCCCUCCCCACAGCUCCUUCAGCCACCCCAUUCCUCUUUCUCAGGAAGAGCCCAGGGUUCAUUUGCCAAGUUCAAGCAAGGAAGGGGUGCCUGCCCACAGAUGCUCCCCUGCCCCCUGCCCCUGGGCUGGGCUGUUGGGGUCUGCCCAGCCUCCCAGGAGCAUCUCAGGUGUGUAUGGAGGAGAUGGGGGGGCGGCUGCCCUGCCUCCACCAUCAGUCGUGACAGAAGCAGCCAGGACACAACAGGACCAUCCAGUGGCCACAUAGGGGAGUACACAGGGACGCUUCCCUGGUGGACACUUCGUUCCCACCCCCAGGCAGCCAAUGGAAGAGACACCUGGUUGGAUGGGGGGAGAGGAAUAAAAGCUCUUUUGAAAAC